AUGUCCGAAGAGGAAGAAAAAUACCCAUUAGCAUAUGGUCUUGUGGUUUACAAAACUAUAGUGCAGGUUAUGAUGCAACUGUCCCUUUUCUAUCAACCUCAACAUCUUUUUUGUAUUACUGUAGAUGACAAAAGUCCUCCUGAAUACAAAGCAGUCAUCGAAUCCUUACCAAAAUGCUUCUCGAAUAUGAAAGUUUUCAUUGGUGAACCAUCUGAUUGGGGAUCUUUUGGAAUUCUGAAGAAUGUUUAUACAUGUUUCAAUUGGUUGACUGAAUCGAAACAUGAAUGGAAGUAUUAUCAAUAUCUAUCAGGAACAGAUCUUCCGAUUCGAACAAAUCUUGAAAUGGUUCGAAUAUUCAAAGCAAUGAAUGGUUCGAUAAAUACAGAUGUUAGUACUUUCGAAGUUGAUCGAUACAAAAAUAUGGAGGGUGUACUUCCCCCAAUGCCAAUUUAUAAGUCAAGUAUGUCUGUACUUGUACCAAGAGAGGCAGCUGACUUUUUGAUUGUCAGUGCGAGAGUACAGAAGUUAUUAAAAUAUUUAUCGAAAACCUGGAUUCCGGAUGAGUCAUUUUGGUCUACGGUGUUGGGAUCUCCAGCUUUACUACCCGUCCCCGGUUCAUUCCGAGUUCGAGACAUUCUGUGGCUCCGUAAGAAUUUUCAACUUCGGCCUGCAUACGAGAAUACUGUGAAUUCAAUUGGAACCUCUUAUAUUGGAAGAUAUCAAGUAUGGGGUUGGCAGAAAGAAUGUUUCGGAAAAGUCAAAGAUUUCUCAUGUGUUUUUGGUGUUCAAGAUAUCGAAGAAAUAAUGACAAGACCUGAAAUAAUAGCACAUAAAUUGUAUCUCGAGUUCCAACCGGCUGGUUUCAUGUGUAUGUUCAAGGAAGUUCGAAGGAGAAGUUUGAGUCCGGAUGCUCACAAGUUCAGUGCGAAAAGUUAUUCGGAGAUGCCAAGUGUUGAAUUAUUUAAAGGGAAAGCAAUAACUCAAUUGACGAAUCCGCACUGGCUUGUUAGAGAUUCAUUUUAUAAUCCUUCUCUCGAAGAAUUCGAUAAAGAAGUUCUUUAG